AUGAGGUUGUACUCCCUGCUGUUGCUGUUGUUUGGGUCCUUCCAAAGAGCCAUUUCUCAGUUCCCUUGGUGGAUUGCUGAAGUGGAAGGUGAGACGGAAUGGAUCCCUGAACAAGAUUUCAUAGAGGACAUAUACUGGGCUGGAUCACCACCUCUAUGUGUGGGAGGCUGCAUGGCGACACACCAGGAGCUGAAGAGAGAUCGCUGUGGAGACUCAGACUGCUGCUGGCUCGGCUACAAGUCCCUGUGCAGAGUGAACUGUGGGAGGCCAGAUGUGGACCAUAAUGGUGUGAUGUUUGGUAACGACUGGUGGGUGGGCUCUGUGGUGAGGUACAGCUGUCGCCCUGGCUUCAUGCUGGUGGGAAACCCCACCAGGUCCUGCCAGCCUAACGGCCUCUGGACCCCAAAACCCACGUGCCUCAGAAUGUGUCAGCUGGGACGCAUUGAAGUGAGCGAGAGGGAACUAAAUGGGACGUGCAACUCCACCUGCAGAUAUAAGAGCUACUUUGGCCCGCCCAAACUGGGCUGCAGCCGGAUAGACAACUGUAAGAAGAAGGAGACCGGCUGGAAGCGCUUCUUUGCACAGUGUGUCCCUUGCAUUUGUGACUGUGCUUUAUCAUGUGCAUCUACAGGCUAAAUCACGGAGGAAACACUAUGUUGACCGUACAGUGAGACACCAGAUGAAGAAGAAAUACACAGACAGCUUGUGCACCGCAGAGCCAUGCUAUGUUUUGUUGCUUCAUCCAAUUAUGUGAACAAAUCAGUGGACUAAAAUCUGGAUGUUUUUAAGACAUUGAUUUAAUCCCUCUGGCAUGCUGAAGCCUGCAGUUUCCCCUUUGGUUUCUAUGUUUAGGGUUUUACACUGUGACAGGAAGAUUUCAGUGCCUGAGGUUCAAAUCCCGUUUGAGUCAGCAGUGAAUUAUAAGCAAAGCAAAAGUUUAGUCAAUCUGGGAGCUGGAAGGUGGCAACAG